UAUAUCGUGUGCCGGUCAUUCGAACGGACACUCGUGUACCGUACGGCCUGCGGACAGUCUUGCUUAAUCCUGACAAUCGACUAUUUGACUGUAGAAUAAAAUUGAACCAUCGACUCUCAAGAAAAACAUACAUAAGUGUAAGAUGUCUGAUCAAUUUGAAACUGUCAAGAGGCCCGCGGCGCGAGAAUCCGCGCUUGGAAAUGAAAUACCGUAUUCCAUCGAUGAUGAUGUCGUCAUUACGGGCAUAUCAGGUCGUUUGCCUAAUUCGUCUAAUAUUGAGGAGUUUAAAGAAAAUUUGAUGAACCAUGUAGAUAUGGUCUCCAAUGAUGAAUGUCGUUGGACAGCAGAUAUGCACGAGUUAUUACCCAGAACUAGCAAAAUCAAGGACAUCAAGAGCUUCGACGCUUCAUUUUUCGGAAUAAAUCCCAAGAUGGCAAACGUAAUGGACCCACAGGCACGCAUGCUGUUAGAAGUCGCGUACGAGGCGAUAGUUGAUUCUGGUGUCAAUCCCAUGACCGUGAGAGGAUCACGCACCGGGGUGUUUAUCGGUGUAUCUAGGUCGGAAACGGAUGAGUUUGUGCCGCCAAUAGACGAAUUAACUGGAUACGAAGUGCUCGGAACUGUGAAAACGAUGCUCGCCAACAGAAUAUCCUAUUGUUUUGACUUUACUGGACCUAGUUACAUGGUAGACACUGCUUGUUCAUCGGACUUGUACGCCGUGCAUCAAGCAGCCACAGCAAUACGCAGGGGUGAGAUCGAUGCUGCGAUCGUCGGUGGAGUGAAUCUUACUUUAUCACCACACAGAGUACUUCAACUUUUCCAACUGAAUAUGCUGUCCGAGGAUGGCAAGUGCAAAGCGUUCGAUGCUUCGGCUAACGGUUAUGUGAGGGGCGAGGCGGUAAUGGCGAUAUAUUUACGAAAGGCGAAGGAUGCACGCAGAGUAUACGCCACGGUGGUUCACUCGAAAACAAACAACAACGGCUACAGCUACAAGGGUAUCACAUAUCCCAGUGGUGAAAUGCAGAAUCGAUUAAUGCGCGAAAUCUACAGUGAGGCGGGAAUUAAUCCUGUAGAUGUUAGUUACGUGGAGGCCCAUGGUACCGGUACCGUAGCAGGUGAUCCAGAGGAAGUCAACUCCAUCGACAAAUUGUUCUGUAAAGGUAGGAAGAGUCCUUUACUCAUAGGCGGUGUCAAAUCCAAUACGGGUCACACUGAAGCGGCCAGUGGAUUAUGCUCUAUCGCCAAAGUGGUGAUCGCGAUGGAAUCGGGCGUGCUACCCGCGAAUUUGCACUUUAAAACUCCGAAUCCGAAGAUUACUGGCUUAAUCGAGGGACGGAUUCGAGUUGUCGACAAGGCUACCCCGUGGAACGGUGGUCUCGUGGGUAUUAACGCAUUUGGCUUUGGCGGCACAAAUGCACACAUUAUUCUACGCAGUAAUCCAAAACCAAAAUUAUCAUCACCAUUGAACGCCAAACUGUUGCCCAAAUUGGUCGCUGUAUCAGGUCGAACGAAACAAGCUGUGCACACGUUAUUGGAUAAAGCAAAAGAGCACUGUCAAGAUGACGAGUUUCUUUCGUUAUUACACAUAAUGCACAAUAACGAAAUCCGCAGUCACAAUGUUCGUGGCUACGAGAUACUCAGCCUCGAUGGUACGCGUGAAAUGAUCGAAGUAACGAGCUGUGACAAGAAGCGUCCAAUUUGGUUCGUACUUUCCGGCAUGGGCCCGCAAUGGCCAGGCAUGGGACGUCAAUUGCUCAGCAUUGAAACUUUCCAACGUAGUUUGCGACGAUGUGCGGACGCUUUGGCAGUCCACGACUUCGAUCUCAUGAAUAUCAUUAUGAACGCCACAGACGAAACAUUUGAUAACGUGAUGAAUUCCUUUGUGUCUAUCGCGGCUAUGCAGGUCGCUUUCAUAGAUCUUUUAACGAUGCUAGGCAUACAUCCGGACGGCAUAGUCGGACACUCCGCUGGAGAAUUGGGUUGCGCUUAUGCUGACGGCGCAUUUACGCUGGAACAGACUGUUUUAACCGCUUACUAUAGAGGCAAGGCACUAUUAGAGUCCAAGCUGGAAUCAGGUGCAAUGGCGGCAGUUGGUUUGACUUGGGAGGAGGCCAAACAAAUGUGCCCGCCCGAUAUCACACCGGCUUGUCACAACUCCACCAACUCCGUUACUAUUUCCGGUCCGACUGAUUCUAUGUACAAAUUCGUACAAACACUGAAGAGUAAGGAUAUCUUCGUUAAAAUGGUAAACAGUUCCGGCUACGCUCUCCACAGCAAAUACAUCGCUCCAGCAAUGCCUAAGCUACACGCAUUACUCGAGAAACUCAUACCGAGUCCCAAGCAGAGGUCGUCUAGAUGGAUCUCUUCCUCCGUACCAGAAUCCGCAUGGAAUAGUCCGCUCGCGCAGCUUAACUCCGCCGAGUAUUGUGUAAACAAUAUGAUGUCACCUGUGCUCUUCAGCGAAGCGAUCGCGCAUAUACCAGAAAACGCGAUAACGAUUGAGGUCGCACCGCACGGUUUACUACAGGCAAUUUUGCGCAGGUCAUUAUCACCAACGGUAACCAAUAUUAGCCUUCACCAGCGGGAUCAUGUGGACAAUCUUGCCUUCCUGCUGUCUAACGUGGGCAAGCUAUACAUGGCCGGUGCGCAACCGCAUAUUUCCAAAUUGUAUCCACCGAUUAGUUUCCCCGUCGGUCGCGGAACACCGAUGAUCGGGUCCUUGGUCAGGUGGGAUCACUCAGACACGUGGAAUGUGCCUGAUUUCAAAAACACAUCAGACAACUCGGGACAGUGCAUUGCCCAAAUAGAUCUGUCGAAAGAAACGGAUGCGUAUAUGGCAGGACAUCAGAUAGACGGACGAAAUCUUAUUCCAGCCGCUGGCUAUAUGUUUUUGGUGUGGAAAACUUUGGCAAAACAGCGCGGCUGCAAUUUUGAACAAUUGCCAGUAGUAUUCGAAAAAUUACAGUUUCAUCGAGCCACCAUUCUCCCAAAGGAAGGACAGGUGAAAUUCUCGAUAACUAUUUUCAAAGGAUCGGGCGAUUUCGAGAUCUGCGAGUCUGAUGCGAUCGUCGUCAGCGGAAACGUACGCGUGUCCGAAAGUAUCGGGGAAGAUCAGCUGGAUUUACCACCUCCAGUUGUGCCUCAAGAUGAAACGACUUUGCCGUUGAAUACCAAGGACUUUUACGAGAGAGUGAGAUUGUGCGGAUUCGAGUUUAGCGGUGUAUUCCAUGGAAUUAAAUUUUGCGAUAACUAUGGCAUUGCCGGCGAACUUUACUGGUUCAAUCAAUGGGUUUCGUACAUAGACAGCAUGUGUCAUUUAAAUUUGGUGUCCACCAGCUUAUUGCAUGUAGCAUCGUAUAUUCAGUAUGUUGCGAUCGAUCCGGUUCUUCAUAGAGAACUGGUUGACAAAUUACCAAAAAACGGUGGAUUGCCAGUGUAUCACUACAAAGACAUCAAUGUUAUUAAAUCAGGUGGUAUAGAGAUCAGAGGAAUACAAGAAUCCUUGGUGCCUCGACGACAGAGUCAUGCUGAUCCUAAAUAUGAGCAGUACACUUUCGUACCCUACGAAAAUUCAUGCGUUCUAGUAAAGGAUGCAAUGGGAGGAAGGAUGCACGCGCUCACUGUCCUUUUGCAGAUUGUGUAUGAAAAUAUAAUGACGUUGAAACUGAAGACCGUGGAAGUCGCAGGCGACCGAGCUGCGGAAGCUCUCUUGGCGCCACUUAUUUUAAAAAUUUCCGAUAACCAACUGGGCUCGCCUAUCAUUAAUUUACAAAUCGUCACAGUUUCAGCAGAUAAAUACAGGGCGAGUUUGAAGCAAAUGAACGUGAACGCUGACAUUGUAACGCACGAUAUAAAUAAAGCACUUACCGUUCAGGACGUGCACCUUGUUAUCGCGGCAGACGUUCUAUCUAAUAAGUCUCAUACCGUUCUCAAAAACUUGGUCGCUAACUUAAAACCUGGUUGUUUUAUUCUUCUGGAAGAAACCGCAGCGCAACUGGAUUUGGAGACUGUGUUGAAAGACACUGAUCUAACAUUGGCCGGAAAACAAACGGAUUCCGCGAAAAAGACUUACUUGUUGCUGAAGAAGCGACAGAAAAGGAUAGAACCAAUAGUAAUUCAGAUUACAGAGAAAAAUCUGUCCUGGCUGGAAGAAAUAAAAGCAGCAGUGAAGAAAUUCGACGACGGAGGUCAAGAAAUUCUUUUUGUAUCCCAGGGCGAAGAAACGCUUGGCUUGGUUGGACUCAUGACUUGCAUGCGACGCGAGUUAAGCAAUGUAAAUUUCCGUUAUGUUUUUAUCCAGGACCAGAAUGCUCCCACGUUUAGCUUAUUCGUACAGUUUUAUAAGGAGCAAUUGGACAAAGGAUUGAUGGCAAACGUUUUGAAAGGGGAACAGUGGGGCAGUUAUCGAUACUUGUCAUUGGAUCAAAAGAGCACUGUUUCUUCCGUGCAGGCGAAACACGCCUAUGUAAAUACAUUGACAAGAGGAGACCUCAGUAGCUUGAGAUGGAUCGAAGGUCCGUUAAGUUACUAUCGUCCCGACAAUUUUCCCAAUAUGAAACUUUGCAGCGUUUACUAUGCUCCACUGAGCUGCAGGGAUAUCACGUUGGCGAGUGGUAAGAUGUCACUGAAUACUCAGGCGAGCAAUAUAAUUACCGAAGAAUGUCUCUUGGGACGUGGAUUUUCCGGGAGGGAUGCUGACGGUCGUCGCGUGAUGGGUAUAGUCGAAGCUGGAGGACUGGCCACCACAGUGGUCGCGGAUCUCGAUUUCCUUUGGGAGGUACCCGACAAGUGGUCGUUGGAACAGGCAGCAACGAUACCUAUCGCUUACGCGAAUAGUUACUAUGCUUUGUUUAUACGAGGUCAAUUGAAAGCUGGCGAAAGCAUUUUAGUUCACGAUGGUACAGGCUACGUCGGUCUGGCAGCGAUCGCCAUUGCUCUGCACGCUGAUUGUACCGUGUUCACUACCGUUGACACGCUAGAUAAAAGAAAAUACUUGAAGAAAAUCUUUCCGCAGUUAAAUGACAAACGCAUUGGCAAUUGCCGAGAUACGAGUUUCGAACAGCUCAUAAAUGUUGAGACGCAAGGACGUGGAGUUGAUGUCGUACUGAAUUCACUGACAGGUGAGAAAUUACAAGCUGGUAUUCGGUGCCUGGCGUUCGGUGGCCGUUUCCUUGACGUCAACAUAUAUGAUUUGUCGAAUGACAGCAGCGUCAAGAUGUCAAUGUUUAUAAAAAAUACUUAUCACAGUAUAUUAUUGGAUAUGGUAUUUAAAGAAAAUAAUACGGGGAAAAAGAAACUUAGUAAAUUCAUUUCGGAGGGAAUCAAGAACGGCGCAAUACGACCUCUCCAAUCAACUGUGUUUUCGGAGCACCAUCUCGAGCAGGGAUUCAGAUUUAUGGCAGCAGUCAAGCAUAUUGGCAAAGUGCUGGUGAAAAUUCGUGAUGAAGAAGCAAAGGAGCAUGUAUCACCAAUGUCAAAGACAGUGGCCGCGAUCUCACGUACUUACAUGAAUCCGGAGAAAUCGUACAUCCUGGUCGGUGGUCUCGGCGGGUUCGGUUUAGAACUGACCGAUUGGAUGAUCGCUCGCGGUGCCAGAAUCAUUGUUCUUGUAUCGCGAUCAGGUAUUCGCACCGGUUACCAGGCAGCAUGCGUGCGUCGCUGGCGCAAAAUCGGCGUGAAAAUUGUAAUAUCCACAGUGAAUGUUACGAUAUUGUCGGGUGCCGAACGCUUAAUUCAAGAAACCAGCCGACUCGCUCCGGUAGGCGGUAUAUUCAAUCUGGCAGCUGUGCUCCGCGAUGCUCUGAUCGAAAAUCAGACGGAGGGUGAUUUCAAAGCAGUCAUGUUGCCAAAAGUUGAUGUAACAAUGAAUUUAGAUGCGGUAUCCAGGAAGCUAUGCCCAUCGAUAGAUUACUUUGUGGUAUUCUCAUCCACAUCGAGUGGUUACGGCAAGGUUGGUCAAACCAACUACGGUUUCGCGAAUUCAACCAUGGAGAGACUAAUGGAACGGAGGCAGGCUAAUGGUUUACCCGGUCUCGCCAUUCAAUGGGGUUCCUUCAAAGUGGUUGGCAUAUCAACAGAAAUGACAGAUAACGACGUCGAGAUGUUGGGUUUUCUACGACAAGAUGUAUCAAGUUGUCUUGCGACGAUGGAUAUAUUUCUUCAACAACCGCACUCGGUGUUAACUUCUAUUGUAUUGGCUGAGAAAUAUAAACCCGAUGACGACAACAAGACAAACCUUGUCACAACCAUUGCUGCUAUUCUAGGCAUUCAAGAUGUUAAUUCGGUUGAUCGUAACAGACACUUAGUUGACCUCGGUACUGACUCAUUAAUAGAAACAGAAAUAAAACAAUCUCUCGAGAGGAACUACGCUAUCCUGUUGUCGAAUCAAGAGAUCCGUGUAUUAACCUUCGCCAAAUUGUGGGAAUUAUCUUCGACCAGUAGUGAGACCAGUUAGAAAGUUAAAAUAAUUAUUUUCUUUAUUCCCCCUGUUUUAUUAAACUUGUUCGCUAUUUUCUUUAUGGAAUACUAUCAAAGUUAACUAUUCGGGUAACGGUGUAUUUGGUGGUUGGUUUGAUUAAUUAAUUAAUUAGAGAAAUAUAAUGAUAAUUAUAACUUUAAUGAGAUACUCUUAAUGAGAUACGAGAUUUGAUUAAUUAAUUACGUGUAUUUAGUAACUGUCGACUUAAUCUUGCAUAGUACUGUGCGCAGUUGCUGACAUAAUCAAAUAUUUUAUCUUUAAAUCGUAACGUAUUGGACACGGAAUAAAUCGAAGUGAAUGAAUUAUGAGAUAAGAAAUGAUUCACAGUUCUUUCUAAUUUUCGCUAAAAAUCUAUAUCAGAAACGGUUCAAAAAUUUUAAUUUUUGAAAGAAGAAGCUGUGAGAAAAAGAAAGAGCUGUGAAUCAUUUCGUAUCUCAUUAAGAGUAUCUCAUUAAAGUUAUAAUUAUCAUUAUACUUCUCUAUAACUUUUACGAAAUAAAUAGUUUGUCAGAAUAAAUACAUGUAUAAAAUUAUACAUACAAUGUAAGAGCAAUAUUAUACGUUAUAAUCUACACGGAGAGAAUUUCCUCUUAAAAUGUAUUCUGAAAGUCAGGUAAUCGUGGAACAGCACGGCAUUUCCAAGAAUUUUAUGCUAGUUUGUGGAAAUUUUACUAAUAAUUAUACUUUAGUACAUCUUACUAGUAAAUUGUAUGCAUGUAAAAUUUUGUUUUACUCUUAUAGACUUCUUCAAAACGCUAUGUUGUCCUACAAUUACGUAAUCUUCCGGGUAAAUUUUAAGAGACAAUUCUCCGCGUGAAAGACGCGGUAACGUCUCGCGCUAAGUAUUUUUUUCUAUAAUAUAUGUAUAAAACCAUUUAUACUUUUCCUUAAAUAAGAUACAUAAGUGAUAUACAUACAGCCUUCUGUGAACUCGACAGAGUAUCAUUUACUGGAACGAACACGUUUUUUAGAAAUAAUGCGAUGUUCUUAUUAAACAAAGCGAUAUAGUAAAAAAAUGAUAAUAUUGUAGAAAAAUUUUAAAUUUUUAUAGAUUCUAAUGGCAUAAUAAAGUAUGCAUAAAUGCAUUUGAUGAAUAGAUACGCAUGUAUAAUUGUAUUACGGCUUCCUUUAAACCGGCGAUCGUGUCUGAGAAUUACUGUUAAAACAUAUAGAAAUGUACAACUAUAUGCGAGAACGGUCGAAAACUGUCACAAACAAACAUAUGGAAAUAGAGCACCGCUAAAAGUUUCCAAAAAUGAGAUGCUAGCAGUAAAAUUGAAAAAUGUUUUACAGACAUUUAAUGGGAAAACUUUUAAUUGUUAAAAUGUGUAUAAACAUGGGCGAAACUACAAGAGAACUGUCAAGGAAUAUCACAAUGUAAUAAAUUAAAUUUACAAUU